AUGCACUUCUCAACUCUUGCCAUCAUCACCUCUCUGGUCACUGUGGCCAUCGCUAACCCAGUGAAUCUCGAGACCAGAGACGACUGGGUCAAGGUCGUCUCGUUCAGUGACGACCUCUGCAAUGCAGACCAGAGCACAUUUGAGGUGACUGGUAGCGGCGCCUACCGCUGCAUACCUGUCACCAAUAAGAGAUCCAUCAAAGUCCUUCAGAAGAGGGACUGUACGAUCAAGACGUUCAGUGGAUCGAACUGCCGUGGCAGCCGUUUUACCCUUCCCGAUGGCGACCUUGACUGCCAUUCAGUCUUGCAUGCGUCUGUCGAGAUCUCGUGUUAG